ACAGACAGUUUUGAGAACACCAUGGCAAAGUCAGUGAAAAGAGGUGGUGUUUACUCUCCUCAGUCUACAGUAUCUUCUCUUCUUGCAAGUCGCAGCCCGGAAAACAGCAACUCCUUUAUUAAAGCAACCAGCUUGAUUCAGUAUAAAGAUAAAGUGUACAGCUCUGCUUCUCAAGCCCUUGAGGCCUACAUUGAGGAUUUUGAUUUAAGCCGUACUUCUGCUAGGCCAUGCAAUGGAAAGAUUAUUUUUGAUCCAAAUUCUUCUAAGAGCUUCGAAAUCCUGGGAUUUCAUUCUAAAAACUGUGCUUCCAAAGACUUCAACCACCACAGAAAGUCAAGCACCAUGUCUGCACCCUGUAGAAGAUGCAUUAUUAGUGACCUCGAUCUGCUAAGCCUCACCACUGAUGAUUUAUUGGCAUUUCCAGCCGACGGAUCGUUACCCAUUGCCGACACAUUUGUCGGAUCAGUGUCCCGAGGGAGCAAGCGAAAUAAGAAGGUUCCUACAAAACCAGCUUCAUCUGAUGAUGAAAAAAACCUUGCUUUUCCGCAUCACUACAGCCCUAAGGGAAAUGAGACUCUCUUUGCUUCUUCAUGCCAAAGUGCCAGAGGAGGUCAGCAUAAUGGGUUAAAAUCUAAAACUGAGAAUAAGCUUCACAAAUGCAAUUCUUCCUCAUCAGCUUAUUCUUCAGAGAAGCCUCCUUUGCAAGGAAGUCCAAAACACAGUGGUGGUAUGAAUUACCCAAGGUGGCUUACAAGCCAAAAGUCUGAUCUGAGUGUGUCUGGCUUAACUAGUUUACCGGAUUUCAAAUAUCCAGCCUGGCUUCACAAUCAAGACCUUUUAUCCGAUUCAGCAAGUCAGAACGUUUCUCAGGCAGAAGACUCCAACCCCCUUAGACGCCUUUGCAAGAGGCAGAAGAAUUCUCGGUCUGUGAACAAAUUAGGUUGUGUUGAGCACUCAUUUGAACGCCAUAGCCGUUUAGAUCCAAAGAGGGGCAAGAAAGUAUUAACUGAUGGUUGUGAAUGGGACUGCGAAUGUGACCAUUUCCAGUCUGAAAGUAUAUCUUUCUCAAGACACUCCAAACAAGCCUUCAGUGAUGACAAAAUUGAAUUGCUUAUCCUGAAGGCCCAGAGAACUUUAGAGUAUUCUGCUGAGGUAAUAUCAAAUACCGGGGAAAAUUCAGGCAGCCCCUGUUCCCUAGAUAUACUAGAAGAAGAAAGAUCAUGGGAAAAUAUUCCUGUUCCCUUUAAAUCUCCUGUUCCUGUGCACUGUGAUGAGGACCCUCAACAAACCCCGAAGGCAAAUUGCGUUAAUGCUUUUCCUGAGGGUAUUGUAAAUAAAGAUAGUCAGAAAAAUACCCUCUCUGGAGGAAAUCAUCACGGUCCCGUUGAAGCUUUAAAACAAAUGUUAUUUAAUCUUCAAGCUGUGCAAGAAAACUUUAAACGGAGUGAAAGUGCAGAGCAAAAUGAGGAAGUUAACAAAGAAACAAAGACCCAGUGGUCUCUAUUGACCCUCUUCUUGGUGUGUCUCUUGGCCGGCACUGUCACCACAGCAGCAGGAGUGCUGAUUCUGUCUUUGGUCUAUAACAGCAACACCAGGCCCGGAAUAAGUAUGUCUCCCAAGGGGGAAUUGAGCCCUCAGAGAACGCCGACAGCUCCUUCAGACAAAGACAGGGUCGACCUGAAAUUUCAGUUUCUCAAUCAUCUUCCUAAAUCUAAGGUGUUCAGCUUUCCAGGUGGGGCUAUCCAGUGGGCCAGAUUCAGGAACAAUGCUGGCGACUACUCCAGUGUGGAAGAGAAAGCCUUCGGGAACAGCCUCAACCGCCAGCAGUCUCACAUGACUUUUGGGACCUUGAGAAUCAAAAGCAACGGGCUCCGGGCUCCGCACUGGCACUUCAAUGCCAAUGAGCAUGGCUAUCUCUUACAGGGUUCCGCCUGGAUCGGCGUGGUCGAUGAAGGAGGCAACAUAGCCACCACAUACAACGUCACCGCUGGCCAGGUCAUCUUCUUCCCCAGAAAUACUCUGCACUGGUUAAAGAAUGUGGGAAAGGAGGACUGCUUAUUCUUGCUCUUCUUUACCACACAUGAUGAACUGCAGACCCUGGAUGUGGAUGACGUGUUUUUCUCCACACCAGAGGACAUAGCAUCCAGAUCCCUUAAGCCUCAAGGUGGAGUUAAUUUCAUUAGAACAUUCGAGAAACAAGAAGUGGAUCAGGCUGUGAACCUUCCACCAAAUCUGGCAGAGCUAGUCAUGAAUGCUACCUUCAUACAGUCUCCAGACAACCUCGUCUGGCAGUACUUUUACGAUCUUAAAGGUUCAAGAGAAUUCCGACUUCCAGGAGGAAUAAUUCAAUGGGCUCGGUACCGGAAAAAUGGAAAUGGAUUAAAUGCCAAUGAGAAAAUUUUCAGCGAAUCUCUGAAUCAGCAUGAGAACACUCUAACCCUUGGAACCCUCAGAAUUUACAGUAAUGGGUUACGCCAGCCUCACUUUCAUUUCAAUGCCAACGAACUGGGCUAUGUCAUCAGCGGAUGUGGACAGGUGGGAAUUAUUGGCACCAAAGGCACCACAGAUUUUAACAUUGGCAUUGGAGACGUUGUGUUUUUCCCUGUUGGAACCCAGCAUUACCUGAAGAGCACGUGCGUUGAGGACUUGCUUCUUAUUCUUGCUUUCAAUACUGGAAACCAGCUUCAAACCCUCGACAUGGAUGAUUACUUCCACGCUACAGCUGAUCACAUCCUGGCCCAGCUUUUCUUCAAGAAACAAAAUGAGUUUAAGAAGAUCCCUAGAUUCAGCGAGGAUCAGGCAAUUAAUCUGCCCUAA